AACGACCUCGCGCAGGGCGGCCUCGGCGACUGCUGGUUCCUCUCGGCGCUGAGCGUCGUCGCGGAGCGCCACGACCUCGUCGCGAAGUUGUUCCUCGACACGGCGCGCGCGGCGAGCGGCUGCCAGGGCCUGCGCCUCUUCAUGGACGGCGCGUGGACGACGAUCCUCGUCGACGACCAGCUCCCGGUGACCUCGAAGCCGCGGCGCGAGAACACGGCGGCGGCCGCGGCGCCCGUGACCGCGGGCGGGCUGAGCCUCGCGUACGUGCGGAGCCGCUGCGCGACGACGGGCGCCACGACGCUCUGGGCGCCGCUCCUGGAGAAGGCCUACGCCAAGGCCCACGGCUCCUUCAAGUCCAUCUCCGGCGGGCAGAUCGCCGAGGCGCUC